AUGUUGAACGGCCUUGCUGAAUUGGCCAAGUUCUGCAUUCGCCUGCGUGAUUCUGAGGAAUGCCUUCAGCUUCUCGGCCCUCUUAGAGCUUGCUUCAACCUCGGGUUCGGGGGUCAGAGCCCAUCCGACCACGAAAGCACCCGCCUUGUACAAGCAGUAAAGCGGGAUGAUAUAGAACAGCCUAAACGCCCAAUCGACGAAGAAGCUGAGCACGCAGGCGACAGUAGUGAGGCAGAAGAGAUCGUUUGA